AUAGAAGAAUACACAUGGACACAAAAGAUGGAAAUUCUCCAUACAUCAAACCACCAAUAGGUUUCCCAUUUCUGGGGAAAUUAUAUGACAGAAUUUAUUUCUCUGAUAAUGGCCUUGUCCAGUUUCAGUCUGUUGCUGAGAACGAGCAGUAUCUUCUUCCAGCUACAUUAGCCACUGGGUUUCCCACUGAUAUGAACGUGUCUCUUUUGGCGGUGUUCUGGGAUGAUGCUGACCUCACCCUAGGCGAUGGAUGUUUGUUCUAUAAGGAAUACCAUGAGUCAGAUAUGUCAGAUAUGUACUCCCACGAUGUGUUCAAUCGUACAGCCAUUGGGGUUUCAAAAUUUGAGGGGCAGAAAGGAAAGCCCGCAUUCACUCCUUCUUGGAUACUCAAAAUCACUUGGGACCAUGUAAUGGCUGUGUCCUAUCAGAAGAUCAAUCUGUCAGAGACGAACACUUUCCAGUGUAUUCUGACCACAGACGGCGUGCAGUCCUUUGCCAUCCUACAAUAUGGCGAGAUGAGAUGGGGUCCGGGCCAGAGAGAACAUCACGAUGCCCUUAUCGGCUAUAUGGAGGGGAAAAGCAUCCACAAGGAGCCCACUACUCCACCAGAAAACAUUUUUGGCACAGGGGGGAGAUACAGGCCGCAGCAAGUGAAAGGGCCCUUGGGAAAGUUAGGCCAGUUUGUGUAUGAUUUAAGUGGACCUCAUGGGUUAGAGGCGGACUCAGGACUGAUGUGCCACGCAUGGGCAAUGAAGGAGCCUGAUCCUGCUUCCUGGACUGAUGGGUUGCCCUCAUGUCACUGUACCCGCAACCAGGCUCUGGAAGAUUUGUCCUUCUUGCAAGACACCACUGAACAAGCAUCACACUUGAAGAUUUUGAGGGGUCAGAGGUGGGGUGGUGCUGGGGGCCACACCUUCCGGUCAGUUUUGGCCAACAAAUAUGGAUCAGGAAAGCGAUGUGUGUAUGAUCCUGAGGGGCCUCUGCUGGCUGGUUACAGCGAGCGCUAUUUCUCAAGACAAAGUAUCCAGAAACAUAUCGCAAUGGUGUAUGGCAGCCUUCAUUUCAUCACCUUCGAUGGGACAAAGUACUCCUUUAAGGCAUUAGGAGAGUUUGUGAUAAUGCGGCUGUCUUCCAACACUGGAUCUAAUAUCUUCACCUUGCAAGGGCAGACUGAGAAGCUCCACACGCACACAAAAGGGAGCAUUAACUUCCCAGUGGUGGUACGCAUGGCUGCUUUCCACCAGGGCAUUGGCAAGAUUGAAUGGAGAUGUGCAGAGAAAGGAGAAGGACUGCGAUUGUUUAUAGAUAAUGCUGAAAUGUUUGUCACUGUUGGUAACAGCUACACACAUAUGAUGCACCGUUAA